GAACACAUUUGAGCCCGUACUUAACCAGUGGGGCAACCCGUCUCUUCCUAUACGGCCCCAUCCUGGUUCCAUGCUUUUCUGUUUAAAGAAUGGGAUGACUGUCGCACAUCUCCGACCGGCCUUCCUGGAUUUCCUGCCCCCUUGAUUUGUUUCCCCCGACCAUGGCUUUGUUUCACUUCACAGGAUGGUACAUGAGGUUAGGAACAAAGUUUGGUCCGACGUAGAACUGAACUGAGGUCUGCAGGGUUUGUAUCUGUUCUGAAUGUGGAACUGAGCCGUAGACAGAAGCUGCUCUACACUCCACAUACGUGUGGCUGUGUUAUCUGUGGUCCUUUUUAGAUCGCUGGUGAUGAACUCCAGAUCUAGUUUUGACAGCCCUAACCUGCUCUCCUAUCUCGUCGACUAUUGCCUACACAAUAUCUGAAGUCAACCUCCCUUCCAUGGCCAUGUCUGACCGCUUUAUUUGAAUUUUUCACAUUUGUCUUCUUCGGUCCUCUUUAUCUCUGUCUGUAACCCUCUGUCUCAUUCUCUUCUAUUUGGAGUUCCAUUUGACUUUUCCACCGUUUCAAGACAUUUAAACCGAGGGCCGGCUGCUAUUUUCGUCCUUCUCUAUUAUUUGCAUGAUUUUGAUUGGAUGGUCUUUCCCCCUCAGUACAUCCUUGCUCUUAACAGUCAAACCUCUAAAGAUAUCAAAUCAUUCUAGAGACUCCAUUCAAAGGAAUUCAGAUCAGAUUAAGAUGCAUAGGAAUGCGAUGUAUGUCUUGGGAUGGAAUGUGGUGGAUGCAGACGGCAGACUGCAGAGCUGAUCAUCACACUUCACAUGCCGAUGUGUUAGGGAGACCAAUGGGUGUUUUCACACUUCGUUUCAAGCUUAUGAAGCUGGUUUGCAGUAAGCAUAUUCUUCGCAGCAUUUCUAUAUUAAGGUUGAAACUGAAACAUGAUCUUCAAUCAGCCGAUUGUUGGUGGAAGAAAGAAAGGUUUUAUAUUUGUCUUAAAUACGUGGCCAUGGGUAACCAUUUCAUCCUUAAAAUGCAUGUUAAGUCAAGAUCAUACCAUAACCUUCAGUUUAUCUGUUGCCUCUUCCUGCCCACUUUCAUUAUCAAUCUACCCAAAUCCCGUGUUUAAAUCAGUUUCUUGGAUUAGGAUUAACUAAAGUCUGAAGGAGUGGAAAUCAGGGCACAUGGGUGGGAAAGUCAAAAGUCUGAUAUUCUUCACGCAUUACAGUGAACUACAAAGGCAUAGCUGCAGAUUUGUCUUUUUUAAUACAAUUACUGGAUAAUAGUUCUUAAUUGAAGGUUGUUAAUGUGUUGCCUGCAGCCAUGGUUGUACUUUUCAUUAUUGGUUAAGGUUGGCUUGAGAAUAGGAAAUUAUGUGUUGCGUCCUGCAAGCAGCUGAACUGAGACAAGCUGUGAAUCAAAGCGGCUUCAAAUUGUCGUACUUCACUCACAUCUCUACUAAAGGGAUGGCUUCGUCUGCUUAAUGGCGUUUGGAAAAUCUUGAUAUGGGAGGGAUUUCCAAACAUGUUUUUGUGCACAGGGAUACAGAUGUGACUCUUUGCUCCUGCUCUCUCCUCGAGAGGCGUGAAUGUAUGUUAAUGAACUCCUACAUACUAGGUUCGAAUUUUACAACACAACUUUAAAAUCAAAGAAUAACGUCAUCAUUCCUAUCUGUGGAUAUUACAUUAAUCACAGUUAAAAUGAAUAUGUUUUGACUUUCCGCAGCCGCUUUGGAAGCGGCUUCUAAUCCUAACGUCUACGUUUCGUAACCACAACACAGCGCCAUGUGCUCGUCCCUCUCUGUAUGGCUCAGUCGUCGUCUGGAUCAGCGCUUUUACAGCGUUGGACACCGACCAGUUUCCACUCGCCUUGUUCUCUCAGGUGGGAUGUAUUUUAGGAGACGGGUGCCUCUGCCCACUCGGCCCGGGACGUUAAUACAGUUGUCUUCCUCCUCCUCCUCCUCCUCUUCCUCCACCCUGUUUUUGCAGCUUUAACCACGUGCCUCACUGUCUGCGUGGACCCCACAUUAAACACAUUAAACCAGCCAUCCAAGGCUUCUCUGAAUAGACAUGGCGGGGGAACCUCCGUGAAGGCAGGGGACUGGUUCUGCUGCUGACUCGCGUACAAUGGGCGGCAUGUGGCUCAGGAGGAGGGGGGGGUUGGCUGGUAACCGGAAGGUUGAAGUUCGAUCCCCGGCUCCUACGAGCCGAGUCUCGAGGUGUCCCUGAACAAGACCCCCCCCCCCCCCCACCCUGACUGCUCCCAACGAGCUGGCUGUCGCCGUGCGUGGCUGACUCCGCCGUCGGGGUGUGAAUGUGUGCAUGAAUGGAUGUAUGUUAGGCAAUAUCAUAAAGUGCUUUGAGUGGCAACUGGUUAGAAAAGCGCUGUCUAAAUGCAGUCUAUUAACCACAAGACGGUUGUAAGGAGCGCUGUGUUCAUGAGCCGACCGCUAUGUUUUUCCUACUUCACUGAACAUGCUUAGUCUGAGGCCGCUCAGCCUUUGACACCAGCGCUCUGACUCAUUGUUUGGGAGGAAGUGGGGAGCUCCUGAGACCAACCGAGCUUCCCGCUCAGGAUGGGGCUACCCGUAGUUUGACCUGGCAGACCGGGGAGUCCAAACGAGCUCCCCCGUCGCAGCGCGCUACCAUGUUUAUAAAGAGUUUCUUUUAUUUGUCUUUGCACAAGAUAGUACAAGAUACACAAAAUUUGAUCUCUGCACUUAACUAUCACUAGCAGCACUAGAGCUUUUAACCAUCGCUAGUAGCACUGGGAGCAGUGGGCAGCCACAGUGCAGUGCCUGGGGACCAACUCCAGGGCUACUGCCUAGGUCAAGGGCAACGGCAGGAGUAUUUACCCAACACAGAUUUAUUUUGGUGUAGGAGGAAACUGCAGCACCCGGAGGAAACUGGGGUGAAGUUGAACACUGGGAGAACAUACAAGCUCCACACAAAACCACUGGUUUUGCUGUACUAAAACAUUGCCGAUCAUGAUGUCAAAUAUUAUGUGCAUUUUCUGCUGUAGGAUCAGUAGCUAGGUGGCACUAGGUGACUGGUGCCACUCGGUUCACCACAGGAAGCGGUGGACUGGGUUCUUCAGAGCGAGGCCGUGUCGACCUUUUCAGCCUCAGCACGCAGCACAGUGAUUAAAAAUGUCUCUCAGACUCUAAUCCUGGAGCUAAAUGAGGCAAAGUGUCUCACUCAUACAAAGAAAGUCCUUGAAGUCGGGCCCGCUUGUCUGGACGGAUCCCUCUGAGACCGUCGACGGCUCUGAGUCUGGGGUUGAGCAAAGUCAUCUAGAUUCUAGAUUAAUAAUUCUAUCAAUCUUGAUCCCAGCUGGAUCCUAGAAAGAUUUAUAGAAUCAUUCAUCUAGCGUCUAGAAUAUGGAUGAAUGAUUCUAUCAAUCUUGAUCUAGCUAGAUUCUCUAAAGAUUAAUAAUCAUUUGUCUAAAAUCUAGAUGAAUGAUUCUAUAAAUCCUGAUCCUAUCUAGAUUCUAGAAAGAUGUAUACAAUCAUUCAGCUAGAAACUAGAUGAAAGAUUCUAGAAAGACUUAUCAAUCAAUCAUCUAGAAUUUAGAUGAAUGAUCCCAGGAAUCUUGAUCUGACCUAGAUUCUAAAAAGAUUACUGACAUGUUUUUUCUAGAUUGUUUCCUUUAUUCAAACUUUUUUCCCAUCCUUGAAGGCCAUUUCAUCUGAAAACCCCCCAAAAAAAACACAUAGUGUGUACGCCACAGGCAACGCAGCUCCGUGGUGAAAGACACAGGCAUUCAGAUCAUUCUGCUGAGGCGGCCGACUGUUACCCAAAAUAGUGUGAGCAGAAAACAACAGAGAAAGGGGAAGUCGAGGGGAGUCAAAGGGCAGAGGAAAACAGCCGAGUGGACUGCGCUUGUUCCCAGUCGGUCUCAGAGACCACCUGUCAGAGAGGAGACGCUCCAGCUGCUCUUUGGAGUGACCGGACACAACUGCUCCCUGGAAAUGAUGACCUUACUUUACUUUGUUAAAGAAGGGCCGUGUGCGUUUCUCCCCAAUGCUCGGUUAUCUUCACCGGGCAAAUGUUGCAGUCUACAGUGCAGUUUGUAUCGUCGUACCCUGUAUGUGCUUGUAGGUCAGGAUACACAGAGAAGGGGUUUUAUUUUAUAUAUCAUUGUUACACUUUCUACCCAUGCAGAUAAAAGGCUUAAAAUAACCAGCUGAACCUCUGAAAGUGUGUCGGCUUGCGGUGACUACCAGGUCAGGACAGACCCUUCCAGGCCGGUAUCGCCACACACCUGUUGGUCAGGAAUGGCAGCAAUGCCUGGGCGGUGCAUUUGGGGCAUGAACGGCCACACGUGUGGACAAAUGUUAAUGAAAGCACCCUUUGUUGUGGUCCUAUGUGAGGUCACCCCCACCCCCCCCCCCUCCCCAUAGUACUGCUACAUCAGUGGGGCACUCACUCACUCACAGAGGACCCAGUCUAGGAGACCAUUGGCCUAAUUACCUCCAACUGUAAGACCCUGGUUUGAAUCUUUAACAGGUCAGAACUUUCCCCCGUACUAUGUUUGGGAUCAUGAUUGGUGUGGGUUAUAACAAAGACCGUGUGUGUGUGUGUGUGUGUGUGUGUGUGUGUGUGUGUGUGUGUGUGUGUGUGUGUGUGUGUGUGUGUGUGUGUGUGUGUGUGUGUGUGUGUGUGUGUGUGUGUGUGUGUGUGUGUGUGUGGGCUUCUUUCUCAGGGGGACUGUGGACACUGGGCUUGGAACCCAGAACCUGUCAGCUGACAGUCAAACACCCCAACCACUAGAUACAUAUCAGUUAUGCUGUAAUUUCACACCGUCUGACAUGAAGAAGGACAUUGAGACGUUGAUAGCAGAGGAACGUGCUGAGAUCAUCACCAAAUAUGACAAGGGCAGGCAGGAGGACGUGGACCCCUGGGAGGAUGCAGACUACAAGGUCUACAAAGUCACCGACCGCUUCGGCUUCAUGCAUGAGGAGGAACUGCCCAGACCCAGUGCCACGGAGGAGAAGCAAAACCAACUGGAGGCGGAGCGUGCAGAGAAGUGGGUGAAGAUGGGGAAGAAGUGGGACAAGUACAGACACAGCGAUAAGAUGGCGAAGCGUGUCUACAAGGGCAUCCCUCUGAAGCUCAGGAGCCGCGCCUGGGCUCUGCUGCUGGACCUGGACCGCGUCAAGCAGGAAAACCCCGGGAAGUACAAGAAAAUGAAGCUGCAGGCACGGAGCUUCUCCACUGAGAUCAAGCAGAUUGACCUGGACGUCAACAGAACCUUCCGGAACCACAUCAUGUUCCGGGAGCGCUUCGGGGUCAUGCAGCAGGCCCUGUUUUAUGUCCUUGCAGCCUACUCUGUCUACAACACGGAGGUGAGCUACUGCCAGGGGAUGAGCCAGGUGGCCGCCAUCCUCCUCAUGUUCCUCAACGAGGAGGAGGCCUUCUGGGCCCUCUCUCAGCUGCUCACCAACACCAAGCACGCCAUGCACGGGUUCUUCAUCCCCGGGUUCCCCAAACUGCAGCGCUUCCAGAGCCACCACGACCUCAUCCUGUCCAAGAUGCUGCCCAGGCUGAAGAAACACCUGGACAAGGAGCAGAUGAUGACUGGGAUCUACACCACCAAGUGGUUCCUCCAGUGCUUCAUCGACAGGACCCCGUUCACCCUCACCCUGCGGCUGUGGGACGUCUACAUGCUGGAGGGGGAGAAGGUCCUCAGUGCCUUCGCCUACACCGCCCUCAAGCUGCACAAGAAGCGGCUGCUGAAGCUGCAGCUGGAGGACCUCCGGGAGUUCAUCCAGGAGGAUCUGGGCGUGUCCUUCUAUCUGCCCGACGACACAGUGGUGGAGCAGCUGCAUGCCUCCAUGGAGGAGCUCCGCAGCAAGAAGCUGGACCUCCCGCCUCCAGCCAAAUCAGAAGAGCUGCCCAAACAGCCCCUGGGCCUGGAGAGGCCGGUGUUCCUGCUGCCCCUACAGCCGGACCCCUCCACCCAGGACCCCCACCACCACAGCGAGCCCCCCAGCACCGUCAACCACGACCAGAAGCCUCCUCCUGGGAGGCCUCCAGAGUCCAACGGCCCCCCUCCUGGGCCCUUCCCCCCAGUCCUGCCCUCCCCAGACCCGGUCGUCGUUCACAAGCCGGUCCCUGUCCCUUGGCCGGCCUCGGGGCCCUCCGGACCCCCUCCCAUCCCAGCCAAGACCGGCGCGGCUAGACCCGGGCCGGGGGGGCUGGUGGCGUGCGACGUGAAGGCGGGGAGGAGGAGGAAAGACGGCCGGCCCGGAGGCCCCCCCAGCGCGGGGCAGGAGGAGCCGGGGGACUGGCCGCCUCCCCCUUCGUACCAGGCUCCUCCUCCUCCUCCUGGGGCCCUCGCCUUGCUUGAGGAGGAUCUCCCGGAGCUUCCCCCUCCCCCGUUGUGCUAUGAGGAGCUCCACCCCCAGACCCCUGUGGCGGCCCCUCCUCCGGCGGCGGCCCCUCCCCCUCCGGCGUUCCCGGCGCAGUUGCGCCGGCCCACGCCGCCCUCCACCCUGAACCUGGGGCGGGCGGGCGAGCCGGCCCCCCCGCGGGCCCCGCUCCCCCUCUUCUCCCCGGCGUUCCCGCCCUCAUCCUCGUCCCGACUGGCACCGCCGCCGUCGUCGUCGUCCAAGCCCACCAUGUUCCCGGUGUCCCUGUGCGUGCCGGCCCCGCCGGGGGCCCGCCGGCCCUCCAACGCCUCCCAGUACGACAACCUGACGGACGGCGAGGACGAGGAGCGUGGCCUGGAGAGGCUCCUGGGGGCCACGCCCCCGCAGGGCCCCGCCCUGAGCUCCACGCCGGAGGAGGAGGGGCUUGCGUCGUCGUACGGCCGGCCCCCUCGGCUCGGUCCGGACGGGAGCCGCCCCUACGACCCCGCGACGUACCCCCUCCCGCCCCCUCCGGCCGCCGUCUCCCCCCCCUCCCCUCCGUCGUCGUCGUGGUCGAGCCUGCUCCCGCCCUCCCCCUGCGCCCUCCCCUUCCUGCCCCAGGAGCCGGCGUAUGACGGACAGGACAGCUGGGUGGAGCACGCCGUGUUCCCGCCCCCGCCCCCCUGCUUCGCCGACCGCCCCUCCCCCCCGCACCAGCUCAGCUGCCACAGACUGUCGGACGCCCAGCGGGACGCCGCCGCCGCCGCCGCCGCCUCGUCGACGGCGACGACAUCCAGGGGCCCCAGGGGCCACUCGGUGUUCCCAGCGCCCCUGCUCUACACGGGGCACGCUCGGCCCCCGGCCCAGGGGCCCGUGGUGCUGGGGCUCGGGGUCCGGUCCAGCCCAGACUUUAACAGGAUGCACGCAGAGGGACAGCAGCUUCCCAAAUCAGUGACCUUCUGAGUCGGCUCUCGGACCGGACGUGAACGUUGGGUUUGUUCUCUGAAGCAUCAAUCUUUACAGAGUCGGUCGCUUCUUGUACGAAGAACAUUGUUAAUUCGGGAACAGAUAAGGGCUCAAGUACGGCCAGUAUUUUUCUUUUUAUUCAUUUUGUGUUGAAUAACGUGUUUCUUUUCACUUGGUUCGUACCUCGUUGUUUGGUUCUUCCAUCGUCUCCUAUGGGCAGUUAGACUUUUUGUACAUUCUUUCACUUGAACUUUAAAUUGUAUUUAAAACCGUUGUCUCUUUGUUACCCAAUGCCUCAUGAAUACAGACGCACAUGCAACAUUGGCUUGUCCCUGCUGGUUAAUGUGUUCGACCCAAUGUGGUUUUCAUUACACUGGAACCAGGAAAUCCUAUGCCAGCCCCAGUCAGUAUUCAGCCAAUACCCUCAAUUAUGUUCUCUUUUUUUAUUUUGGUAACAACAAAGUGUCUUAACAUGGAGAACGAGUAGCACGCCUUAACUCGAGGGCUUCGGAGUAUCUUCGCCCUGGCUCAGUUCCUGGGCCUGCAGCUAGGGCAUCGACUGAAGUCGUGUUUGAGUUGUAUAAUGGAGCUAGUUCACAACAGCAAUUCACCACUCCUCAUCUGCAAAGAGACGUUUGGUGACCCUUAACACAGAUCAACACGUCCAACUGCUGAAUCAAACGACAGGUCGAGAGGCACAAAGUGUUCACAUCUAGUCUUAAAAAACGUGCGACAUCAAACAGGAUAUCCUGGGUGUUCGCUGCUGCAGCUCUGUCGCAACAGAUCGAAGAGACGGAAAGUGGACCCAUGUUUUAUAACCGUGGCGGUUUCUUCUUCAGUGCGUCCACCUUGUCCUGCUUGUUUAUUUAUAUCAUACCUUCAGAAUUGUAUACAACAGCCUCCAUGCUACUCUUCAGGACAUAUCGCGGCGUAGAUUAUGAUAUUUAGUGUUGUCGAUUUAGGGCAGGCCUAUGCAGGGGUAAGAAUAGGACUACACUGAGGACUGGGUGAACACAGGUCAAAUUUGGAUGUACGUCAUUACCACUUCGCCCAAACCCUAGUGUAGCGUGUUCUUUCAAUGUACAGAACCGUAGUGCCAUCUAGUGGGGAAAGAGGCACAAGUCAAAGAGAUGGGGAGAACGUUAGGGUGGCACUGACGAUUUAUGUAACACUAAAACUGAACAGUUGGGCAGAUAACUGGGAUUCAGGAAGUUUGUUCGGACCUAUGCAUUUGGUUAUCCUUUUAAAGGGAAUGUUUAAAUGAAGUGCUGUUUUGAAACAGACACUCGCACACCAUUUCUGUGCUCAUUAAAUGCACACGGCAGGAAUAUAAAUAGGACAUAUAUAUUGUAUAUACACGUGGUACUUGGUGCUGUACAUGGAGCCAUGGAGACUGUUCAUUUCAAAAACUGUCAUUUAAACCGUUUCAGUUCAUAUAAGCAAUCACAACAAGCAAAGUUUUACUGAGAAAUGGAAGUUCAGCCAUGACAUGUAAUUUGUUCUGUUCAUUGAAUUGCUUCUCCUGUACAUCAGCUUUGCUUGACUUUUCACUCACACCAAAACCUUCGAUCCAAUCAGUCGAUUCAACUGCAGUUAAUUAAAAGCACUGUUUUAGAGUGAUGAUGUGUGAUUUGGGCCAGAUGAGCAAGUUUGGUUUAAGGCUGCUUUAAACUGUGUUUUGGGCCCAAACGUGCAAAGAUGUUCAAUGAACUUUAUUUAAAAAAAGAACAACUUUAUUGGCUGCGUUUUCUUCCCAUCCCACAAAAGCACAAUGGUAAAGUCUCACGUUUAUUGCACUUAGUAUUAUAUACUAUACACCACUUCCACCUUUUGUCAUGGACAAAUAUAUAGUUAGGAUAUAUGAGAAAAGGCACUUCAACAACAGAGUAUCUUUACAUUUUCUGGGAGAUAUCCUUUUCAUGAGGUAUGCAUUUACCUAAGCCUCUAACGUACCUGUCUGGUGAAAGUGCAAAAGGUCAAAGGUCGUCAAGGUAUUUCUCUUUGGUAAAAUAUCGAGUUUUGUUAAACAUUUUUCUACAUCCAUUUUGUCUGCAUUAUUCUUCAUGAAUGAGAUGACAAUGUAAAAAAUUCAUAAUUUACGAAAAAGACAGCAUUCGCAUUAUUUAC